AUGAAGACAAAUCGAAGAUGCAGAGCCCUGCUAGCAGUGAGUCUGAAUCUGAUGGCUCUCCUCUUCUCUACAACAGCUUUUAUCACGACCCACUGGUGCGAAGGCACACAGAGGGUCCCCAAGCCCAGCUGUGGGAAAGAGAAGAAGACAAACUGCCUCAACUACAGCGGGAAUGAGACUGCAAAUGAGACAAACCAGAACGUGGUUCAUUACAGCUGGGAGACGGGAGAUGACCGCUUCCUUUUCAGGUAUUUCCACACUGGGAUCUGGUACUCCUGUGAGGAAAACAUCAACGCUGCUGGUGAAAAAUGUCGAAGUUUUAUUGACCUUGCCCCGGCUUCUGAAAAAGGUGUCCUGUGGCUAUCAGUAGUAUCCGAGGUGUUGUACAUCAUGCUGUUAGUCGUCGGAUUCAGCCUUAUGUGCCUCGAGCUCUUUCAUUCAAGCAGUGUGAUAGAUGGGCUCAAGUUAAAUGCCUUUGCUGCUGUCUUCACUGUGCUUUCAGGUCUCUUGGGGAUGGUGGCACACAUGAUGUACACUCAAGUUUUCCAAGUGACAGUCAGCCUUGGGCCAGAGGACUGGCGACCACAUUCAUGGGACUAUGGAUGGUCCUUCUGCCUGGCGUGGGGCUCUUUCACCUGCUGCAUGGCUGCCUCCGUUACUACCUUGAACUCUUACACUAAGACUGUCAUUGAGUUCAGGCACAAGCGCAAAAUCUUUGAGCAGGGCUUUCGAGAAGAACAGAACUUCCUAGACCAGGAAGCCAUCAAGUACUUCAGAGAAAGGUCAGUGCAGUCAGUCUCUCAAUCAGGGGAGGUUUCCAUGGACUCUGCUAGCCUCAGCAAAUCCCAUCUCUCACCCAUUUCAGCACAUAGUGGUGAAGCUUCUGAGGUCCUUGGAGAAGAUAUGUGUUAA